AUGGAAGAUUCAGCAGCACCGCAACAGAACAACAACGAACAAAAAACACGAGACAACUUUGACACAGUACCAGAUACUUCCCAAACACCCAUGAUCCGCUCAGAGAUUGACGCCGCGACCGAGCCUUCUUCCCAGUCGAACAGCAACAACAGCAGCAGUGGGGAUGAUGCAUUGAGGAUACGAGAUAGCGCCGACAACACAGCCUCUGCCUUGGGCUUGGUGAUCGAGGCGAGCGAGGGACAACGUCAACAGGGACCGGGAGUAGGCGGUAGCGACGGCGGCGAAGUCAGCCCCAAAAGUGCCAACCAAGUGACGGUUGUGGGCGACAAGGCUGUGCGGUCAGACAUCGCGCUCAGUGUCCUGCAGCAGCUGUACCUGCCCGAGCAGACUGACGCCUACCGCAAGGUCAACCUCCAAGACAAGACGCUCUCGUUCCCUCAUUCGCCGUCUUUCCCGUCGGUGAAGAUGCUGCUCAACCACGAACGGAAACGCAUUCUUGUCACAGGAGGAGCGGGGUUUGUCGGAUCCCACUUGGUUGACCGAUUGAUGCUGAUGGGCCAUGAGGUGAUUGUGCUCGACAACUUUUUCACAGGAAGCAAGAGGAAUGUCCAGCACUGGCUUGGUCACCCGCAUUUCGAGCUCAUUCGCCACGACGUGGUUGAUCCCUUUAUGAUCGAAGUCGAUCAGAUCUACCACCUCGCCUGCCCAGCCUCGCCACCUCACUAUCAAUACAACCCUAUCAAGACUGUCAAGACCUCUGUCAUGGGCACGAUUAACAUGUUGGGACUCGCCAAGCGGACCAAGGCGCGCUUCCUCUUGACUUCAACCUCCGAGGUGUACGGAGAUCCGGAGGAACAUCCGCAAAAGGAGACAUAUUGGGGCCACGUCAACCCAAUUGGACCGAGAGCCUGCUACGACGAAGGAAAGCGCGUUGCCGAAACCCUAACUUACUCGUACAUGCAGCAGGACGAGGUCGAUGUCCGGGUUGCCAGGAUCUUCAACACAUUUGGACCCAGGAUGAACGAGAACGAUGGCCGUGUGGUCAGCAACUUUAUCAUGCAGGCCCUGCGAGGGGACGAGCUGACAAUAUAUGGCGAUGGACAGCAGACACGAUCGUUCCAGUAUAUCCACGACCUGGUGGAUGGACUGAUUUUGCUGAUGAACCGGAACUACAAGGAGCCAGUCAACUUGGGCAACCCCGAGGAGUUCACCAUCCGCGAUUUUGCAGAGAUGAUCCGGAGCGAGAUUAAUGCCGAUGUCGACAUUAUGAGUCUGCCACCGACCGAGGACGACCCCCAGAGGCGACGACCGGAUAUCGGGAGGGCUCAGAAGUAUCUUGGCUGGAACCCCAAGUUCUCUGUCUACCAGGGUAUCCGAGAGACUGUGCAGUACUUCAAGAAGACCAAGAACGAGCAGGCAUGGUACACUGACUAG